CCACGACUGCCAUGCUGCAGGGCCCCGGACGGUCUGUGCGCAGAGCAGAGCACGAUGCCUUUCCUGCACGGCUUCCGCAGGAUCAUCUUCGAGUACCAGCCCCUGGUAGACGAGAUCUUGGGGUUGCUGGCGAUACAGGAUGUGGAACAGCAGAGCACCCUUGAGAGCCCUGCCUGUCGGGGCAGCGACAGGAACCAGCUCUCGGCUGUGAGACGAGUCUUGGAGAGGGAAACCCACUCCCCAUUUUAUCAGGAAGGUGUGAGCUAUGCCCUGCUGAAGGUCACCGAGCUGGGGCUUGUCCCUGCCGCAGAAAUCCUCCUGGAGUUUGGCGCUGACCUCAGCUUUGAAGAUCCAGUCACCUACUACACCCCCCUGCACAUCGCAGUGCUCCGCAACCAGCCGGAUAUGGUGGAGCUCCUGGUGCACCACGGGGCCGACAUCAACCGGAGAGACCGGAUCCAUGAGAGCAGUCCCCUCGACCUGGCCAGCGAGGAGCCCGAGCGCUUGCCGUGCCUCCAGCGGCUGCUCCAGCUGGGAGCUGACGUCAACGCCGCCGACAAAAACGGAAAGACAGCGCUGUUGCACGCCCUGGCCAGCAGCGAUGGUGUCCAGAUCCACAACACCGAGAGCAUCCGUCUCCUGUUGGAAGGAGGUGCAGAUGUCAGAGCUGCCACCAAAGAUGGUGACACUGUCUUCACCUACGUCAUCUUCCUGCUGGGAGAGAUGGUGUGCAGCAACACUGAGGAGGCACAGGUGAUCAGUCACUUCUGCUUUCGUGUCACACAGCUGCUGCUCGCCCACGGUGCCAACCCCAGCGAGUGCCCAGCUCCUGAGUCCCUCACCCACCUCUGCUUCAAAAGCUUCAAGCGCCACUUCCCACUGCUGCGUUUCUUGCUGGAGUCAGGUGCUGCCUACAACUGCUCCCUCCAUGGUCCCUCGUGCUGGUCAGGCUUCCACAUUGUCUUUGAGUGCCUCUGCUCACACCUCAGCGUCUCUGAAGAUGACAGCUUCUCUACAGACCUCAUUCAGAAGGGUCAGACUCUGCUGGAGCUUAUGAUGGCCAGUUCGCAAGCCAUCCAGCUGCCCAGUAACUUUGAGGUCAACACCAGCAGCUGUAGGUACCAUGGGGAGAAGAUCAGGACUCUCUUCUGCUCUCUGAAGCAGCUGGAGCGCUCCCCGCAGGCACUGAAACAUCUCUGCAGGGUUUUUAUCCGUCAGCGCCUUAAACCGUGGCCAGUAGAUGUCAAAAUCAAGGCUCUACCUCUCCCAGACAGGCUGAAGUGGUACCUCCUCAUUGACCAUGCUGCUGCCGGGCAUGAGGACCUCUGA